CGCUAACGCCGCUCCGGUGUUCCUGAGCCUGUGUUCGGGCGGGCAGUCCUGGGGCGGCGGGCCGACGCCGUUAGGGGCCGCACCUGGGGUCGGUCCCGGUCACAGCCGUCCCCGCCUGUCCUCCUGGCAGGUCUACCCCAGGGGAGCCUGGAGACGUGGGGCCCCUGAGCCGGGCCGCGGAGCUCGGGGCCCUUCCCCGCCCAGGGAUCGGAUGGGAGGUGGCGGGAGGAGAGACCUGGGAUGUUCAGUCUGAUGGCCAACUGCUGCAACUUGUUCAAGCGGUGGCGAGAGCCUGUCAGAAAAGUGACCCUUGUGAUGGUGGGCCUUGAUAACGCUGGUAAAACAGCCACAGCAAAGGGAAUCCAAGGAGAGCAUCCUGAAGACGUAGCUCCCACUGUUGGAUUUUCUAAAAUUGACCUUAGACAAGGAAAGUUUGAAGUCACCAUCUUUGACUUGGGAGGUGGAAAAAGAAUUCGGGGAAUUUGGAAGAAUUAUUAUGCUGAGUCCUAUGGGGUAAUAUUUGUUGUGGAUUCCAGCGAUGAAGAGAGAAUGGAAGAAACAAAAGAGACAAUGUCAGAAGUGCUAAGACAUCCUAGGAUAUCAGGAAAGCCUAUACUGGUAUUGGCGAAUAAACAAGACAAGGAGGGCGCCUUAGGAGAAGCCGAUGUGAUCGAAUGUCUCUCUCUGGAGAAGCUGGUCAAUGAGCACAAGUGCCUGUGCCAGAUAGAACCGUGUUCAGCAGUCUUGGGAUAUGGAAAGAAAAUUGACAAGUCCAUUAAAAAGGGGCUUUAUUGGCUACUUCAUAUCAUUGCGAAAGACUUUGAUGCCUUAAGUGAACGCAUCCAAAAAGACACAACUGAACAGCGAGCUCUUGAGGAACAAGAGAAACGAGAGAGGGCUGAGCGAGUUCGAAAAUUACGAGAAGAAAGAGAACGAGAGCAAACUGAACUGGAAGGGACCAGUGGUGUGGCUGAGAUGGACCCAGGACCAGGUCUUGCUAACCCUUUCCAGCCCAUAGCAGCAGUAAUCAUGGAGAAUGAAAAAAAGCAAGAAAAAGAGAAAAAGAAGCAGACUGCGGAGAAGGAGAGUGAGGUUUGCCUCCCAGAACACAAAGUGGAGCAGGGGCAAGUAGAGUCACAGAGCCAGCCUAGUGGCUGCCACAAAAACAGUGACAGUGGAGUGGUAGAGAGUUACAAGGAGGCCCUGUCACAGCAACUGGACAAUGAAGAUGAGCUAGACCAUCGAUCCUCAGAAUCAGAUAACAGUAAAAAGAAAACUAAGAAGCUAAGAAUGAAAAGGAGUCAUCGGGUAGAGCCAGUCAAUACAGAUGAAUCUGCUCCUAAGAGUCCCACACCUCCCCCGCCUCCCCCUCCUGUUGGCUGGGGAACCCCCAGAGUCACUAGACUUCCAAAACUUGAGCCUCUUGGUGAAACACGUCAUAAUGAUUUCUAUGGGAAGCCACUGCCUCCCCUGGCUGUGCGACAGAGACCUAAUGGUGAUGCUCCAGACAUGAUCUCAUAACCAAGUCAGAUGGGUUGGUCCUUUUAAUAUCAGCAAAGUGAACUGAGACCUUUCCCAAAAGUAGAAAAGCCCUGAACACUGAUGACUGGGUAAGACAACCAUAAUUUCAGGGAGGAAAGGAUACCCAAAAACUUGACCUGAACAUUUACUUCUCCAUGGCAGAAAGGAAACAAAAGGACCAGUAGCUGACAAGCAUUUGGUCACAUUAGCAAGAUGUAGUGUUGAUUCCUUGGUUUACACGUGCCUACUCUUGGACAUUCUCCCAAAGGAAAACCUCCUCAGAAAUGGAGCCAAUGGACUCUGCAUACCUGAUUAUUUAAUAGUCUGUAUUUCUAUGCAUUAAACAUGUUUUGUAAGAUACAUGUACAUGAAAAGGGAAUCCUGGGAAUUUAUAUCCUAAAUUUUAACUAUUUUUAUAUUUUUUCUAAAGCUUUUAUUUGAAUUUGCGAUUAUAUUGAUUGUGCACUUUUCUACAGAUGCUUGCUUUAAACUGUCUGGAUAGAAAGUUGAUUUACAUGAAAUGUACAAGCAAGAUGUGUUUAAAUGGCUUGAGGUAUGUUUUGUGAUAACAUUGUUUUUAAAAUGUACACCCUAUUUUGACACCAUUUUAAAAUAGUUGCUAUUUAAAAAAGAAUAGUUGCUAUUUUAUAAAGCAAGUUUUCAGAUCUUUAAUUCUACCCAAUUACAUGAUUUGAAAGUAGUAACGGAGGAGAGAAUUCAGUUCUGUUGUCACUGUUGGGUUUCCUUGGUGAUGGUCUCAAUAAAUGUUAAGACAUGUGAAAUAACUUUAAGAAAAAAUCCUAACCUUGUUUGAAUUAGAAAAAAAUAUGUCCCACAAGACAUUAUUCAAAGCCCUAAAAGACCCAACUGAAGGACCGGACACUUUCAGAGCUCAGGUGCCCUCUGCUUGCCAGUCACCUGUGAGGAGCUCCACUGACUGGGUUGUUUCCAUUCUUCCAUGCCUUGAAUUUAAAGGUCAGAAGACUGCAAAGGCUACUGCAUGUCUCGAGAGUUCAGUUUUACAGCAGAUACAGCCAUUCAAAUGUUGGCUCAAAUCCCAUGAUAAAGAACUUAUUGUAACAUUACUUCUUAAUUUGAAAUGAUAGCCCUCAUUUUGCUCUUAAAUGCCAUUCAUAAGGCUCUCCAUUCAUCUGUCCUUUACCAAAACUUCUAGAGAUAUAUUUAGUAAUGGAUUCAUAAUGUAGUAUUCAAUUGAAAGCAUGCCUUUGUCAAGGUGAAGAUUACAAAGAACAAUUCUCAUGUCAACUUGUUAGGAUUUGGUACCUUGUGUGACCAUAGACAUAUUCUGGUUUCUGAAGGUAAGUCCAGCUAAGGUAGACUGAUACGAUUAUUUGUCUGUUAAAUGUUUAUAAUGCAUUGUGUUCACAUUUUAGCUCACUGGACCUGGGUCAAUCAGGUCACAUUGUUCUAGUGAGCACUGGUGGUGUUUCUGUGAGUUUGUGCAUCUGCCUUGCACACUGAGGAAAAAGCAUUUUAAUUUCUAUGCAAAACCCAUAUGCAGAAUUAGUAGUUGACUCAGAUAUGACAGAUCAUAGGAACACAGGAGGCGAAACCUGAACUGAUUUAGAGGCAAAAGGCUCAUCCUUUUGAUUCAUUUUGUAAUAUUUAAAAUCCCUUUUAAAACCAAACUCACACUUUUGCUAUCUUUUAACAUUCAUCUGGUUUGAGAAUAAAGAUUUUUUAAAAAAAAAAUUCUUGCUUUCUACCAGUGUUUACUGUAGAGUACAAUAAUUACCGACUAUUUCAUAAGAACAAUUUUGAAAUUGAAUGUAACAUAAACUGGGAUCGAUGUUUUCUAUAAUAGUAUAUGUUUUCUUAAAGCAGUGUAAAAAUCCUUUAAAAGAUGUUUUGUAAAUCCUAUUGGAUUUUAACACUUUUAUGCUUAUUUUGUUAUAUUAUACAUUUUCAUUCUUAUUCAUCAUGGAUUAUAACGUAUCACAAUAAAAAAUUAUUUACACCA